AUGACUACCCCUCCUCGCGUUCUCGUCUUUGGCACCGGCAGCGUGGGCGCGGUGUACGCCUGGAUCCUCUUCCGUCCCGUCGGCUCAGCCAACCUGUACACGGUAUGCCGGUCGAACUAUGCGGUGGCCUCCACGGCCGGCUUCACCAUCAACUCGACAAUCUUCGGGGACGGCCUCAACUUCAAACCCCAAGUGGUGCGGACCGUGGAUGAGGCCGUCUCCCAAUCGGGGGCCAAACCGUUCGACUACAUCGUUGUCACCGCAAAGGCCAUCCAGACGACCCCGUCAAUGCCAGAACAACUCCGCCCGGCCAUCUCGCCUCACACGACCAUCGUGUUGAUACAAAACGGCAUCGCCAUCGAAGAACCCUAUCGAACCCUCUACCCAGAGAACCCCCUGCUGAGCUGCGUGGUGUAUCUUCCCGCCACGCAAAUCGCUCCCGCCGUGAUCGCUCACCGCGAGGUUGAGCUUCUGCACAUCGGGACCUACCCAUCCAACGCGCCACGGGAGCACCGAGUCGCGGCAGACUCGUUCGCCAAACUGCUCAACGCCGGGGGCGGCAGCACGCAAGUGCACGAGGACGUGCAACCGCAGCGCUGGAGCAAGCUCAUGGUCAACGCGAGCUGGAACCCGGUGUGCGCGCUCUCGCGGUCGCGUGACGCACAGUUCCUCAGGUCCUCCCCGCCAGAGUUCUCGCUCAACCUGAUCAAGUCGCUCAUGACCGAGAUCGCCUCCAUCGCACAGGCGUGGGGCUACGACAACAUCAACGCCGAGACGAUAGAAUAUCAGAUCAACCGCGCCAAGGUCCGAGAGCUGCCGGGAAUAGAACCCUCCAUGCUCGCGGACGCCAAGGUUGGCGCCAGAAUGGAGGUGGAUGCGAUUGUUGGCAACGCCGUCCGACUGGCCGAGGAAAAGGGUGUGCAAACGCCGCUGUUGAAAGGAAUCUAUGCCCUCGUGAAGGCGUUGGAUGCCAGUUUCCAGAGGGAGCUCGAAAAGAAACGUCAAAUCAGUAGCACAGGGAAGCCAGGGGAACAGGCCAGGAUCUGA